CGUAGCACCACCUUUGGAUUUUAACCACCAACAGCACCAGCCCAAGCGGCAAUGGAUCUCUUUGAAUUCGACUUUUUCAGAGACUGGGAGCUUGAACAACCAUGUCAUCUGGAGUCAGAGCGCAGCGCUCUGAAGAGGAGAGAGUGGGAGAGGAGGAACCAGGAGGUCCAACAGGAUGAGGACUUGUUCUCUACUGGAUUCAACCUGUUUGGAGAACCCUAUAAAACUAAUAAAGGUGAUGCAUUGGCCAAUCGUGUCCAGAACACGCUGGGCUCGUAUGAAGAAAUGAAAGACCUGUUAACCAGCCAUUCCAACCAGAGCCACUUGGUGGGAAUCCCCAAAGGAACAACAGCGAACAGCAACCUGCCGCAAGCCCCGACCACGUCAGCGACAGAGAGACCCGCCAUGGAGCCAUCCCAGCUUUUUAACGAAGCCCUGAGAGGAGGAGCAGGUGGAGGAGGAGGAGGUGGAGGAGCAGAGACAGGUGGGGACAAGAAGACAGGGAAUACACCCUCUUCCUCUACAGCUUCAAUGCAACCACCCCCUUCAACCACAUCAUCGUCAACAGCAAUCCCACAUCAGAACUCCAAAAAGUCCCGGAGCUCCAUGGACUGGUCAAGGGCAGGCCACGGACAGAGCACCCAGGGGACAGGCCUUGUUGUGGGGGUAGGUCAGAGUGGGCAGGGGCAGGUGACAGCAGGAGCUACCACCAGCAGAGGGAAAAUGUCUUUAUUGGAUGAGCAGCAAAGACACGACGAGCUGUUCAGCUCGCUCAAAGAUGAACUUGGUCUAAAAGAAGACUCAAGCCCUUCUUCUUCCUCAUCAUCUUCCUCUUCCUCUUCUUCUAGAAGGCACUCAUCCCACCCAGCCAAAACCCACCCACUCGCCGAUGGUGGCAACUUUCGAUCUGCUGCCAUGGAUGGUGGCCACUUUAAGUCUUCCACUAAUGCAGAAAAUGGUGGCUAUUUUAAAUCCUCCCCAUUCGAAAGUGAGACAGGCUCCCACCUCUGUACAUCGUCCUCCCCGCUGGCAUCCACCUCAGUUCUGACAACACCCACUCCAGGUCUAACCACGCCCACAUCUGGAUUGACCACGCCCACAUUCCCACCUGGUAGCCUAUCAGGGAAGCCGAUAGCUGUACAACAGAAGCCUACAGCGUAUGUUCGACCAAUGGAUGGCCAAGACCAGGCGCCUAGUGACUCUCCCCAACUUAAACCCCCUCUAGUGGCCACAGAGGGAUUUAACAGCAGUCAGGCUUAUGGAGGAAACUCUGGAAAUGCGAAGAAUAAACUGCCCAAGCUGAGCCUCAACCACACAGGAGAGGUCAGCCUACCAAACGACUCCAGCUGUGUUGAAGAGAUUCUGCGGGAGAUGACCCAUUCCUGGCCUCCUCCACUAACAGCCAUACACACUCCUGGGAAAGCUGAUCAGACCAAAUUUCCCAUCCCAAACAAGGAGUCACAGCAUGUGACCUCGGGCUACAACACCCAGAAGCGAUGUACUGUAUCAGCUAACAAGCCUGCUGCUAAACCACCAACUGCACCGCAGAAGUCAAUGUUGGAGGAUGACCUGAAGAUCAGCAGCGACGAGGAAGAGGCCGAACAACAGGUGUCCGACAAGCCUAAAGCCAGAGCCGCAGCCCUGAGUGGUGCAUCAGGGAGCAGCAGUGAAUCAGAAAGCAGCUCAGAGUCUGACACCGACGAGUCUGAGAGCAGCUCCAGUGACAGCGAGUAUAAUCAGGCCUCCCGCACAAACACUCCAGAGCCCGAGCCGCCAUCCACUAACAAGUGGCAGCUGGACAGCUGGUUGAAUAAGGUCCAAGCUCAGACCAAACCCCUGGUUCCCCCACAACAAGAACAUCAUGGCACAGGCUCCAUCAACCAGGGUCCAGAGACAUUCUCCCCAGCCAAUGAAGCACCGGGAGUGGGUACAGCUGCCAAGACCAAGCCCUGUGGAUCCAGCAGUACGCCUGUUCCAGCUGCACCUACAGUGGAGCACAAGGACACAAGGGCAGCUUUCUGCCCGGGCAGAGAGAAGGCAAAGGCCAAGCUGAGCCAGAAGGCCUCGGGGGAGAGCCAGAGGUCUAAGAUGAGGCUGUCGCUGGGCCUGUUGUCGGGGCCUGAGGUCACGACCCCAAGGAGGAACACCACAGGGAAGAAACAGCCCAGACGGACAGAGAGGUCAAACAGCGUGGAGGAUAAUCAGAACCAGACAUGGAACAGAGCAAACCAGCACAGCCCCGCAGCGAGGGAGAAGGACCUGUUGCCUCCCCCCUCCCUGGAGCAUCAGAACCCCCCGAGGCCGCGUAGUAAACCUCCCAGUGGGAAAACAGCCCCAAGGAAAGAACCUCGCAGUGCUACCAACUCAAACACCAACACAGCCACUCCACCAGCAGCGCUACAGCAAACCCCACUGCCAGUACCUGCUGUCAGUGUAAACCAGGACAAGCGGAAACACAGAGGUCCCAGCACCAGGAUCACACCCAAGUCCAGAGAAUUCAUCGAAACAGAUUCCUCCUCCUCUUCGUCAGAAUGCCAGUCGGAUACGGAGGAAGCCAUCAAAAUCCCAGCUUUGCCGCCACAGACGACACGCUCUGCGAUUAACACGCAGACUCUGUCCAACGCGCACAUGCACGCGCCUCUUCUCCCAUGCCUUGGCUCUGCUGGCGGUGUGGGGAGUCUGGGAACAUUUGGAGGGAAGGGACUUCGAGUCAAAGAUGGUAGCAACGUGCCCACUAACGGUAGCAGCAGCAGUAGUAACGGUAGCAUCGGCGGCAGUAGUAACGGCAGCAGUAGUAGCUGUAACUCCCUGAGCAUUAGCAACAUAAGUGGUUCAUUUGGCACCUCUGUUCCCGAUCCUGGAGGGUUAGGAGGGCAGAGCAAAGACCUGGAGCCCAUGUCACCGCCUUCCAAUCUGGGACACGAGGUGCUUCUCUCACCCUUGAGGGAAUACCAUGAGAUCCAGAGUUUAUGGGUGAAAAUUGACCUGAGUCUGCUCAGCAGGGUGCCCGGCCAGGCCGCGGGGGAAAGAUCAAGGGUGGGAAUUGCAGAAAGGGAUGGGAGCGAGGGGAGAGACAGAGAGAGACAAGGGGAGAGGGAGAGGAUAGGUGUGGCAGAGAGGGAGAGACAGAAGCAGGAAGACAGAGAGUGGCCGGGGCUCAGGGAGAGACAGAAGCUGACGAAAGGGGAGAGACAGGAGGAAGAAAAUGAGCGAUUAGUGCAGGACAGAGAGAGGCAAGGUGACAGAGAGCGAUUAACAGAGAGAGAGAGGCCGAUGGACAGAGAGGACAGGGAAAGACUCGGACUUGGGGAGAGAGAGAGGACGGCGGUGAGGGACAGAGAGAAGAUGUGCCAGGGUCUGGGGGUCCUGGACAACAAUCCUGUGCAAGAGCAGACUAAUCCCAGGCUGGCUGUGAGGACGGAGAGAGCAGAGAACGGAGGUAAACACAGAAGGCAGGCGGCUGCAAACAUGGUGGUUCCACCCGAGAAACACACAAGCAAGAGCAAGAGGAAACACAAGUCGGACCACGGAGACUCAUCAGUGAACUGCAAUAAGAAGCUGCGAUUGGACAAAGACUGUCUGCUCCUCCCACCCUGCAUCUCUCCAAUACACAACCAUAAGAGCAGCACGGCAGAUAGCUCUCUGAACAGGAAGCAGUCCCGACGGCACGAUGACAAGCUGCUCCCGCCGCUCCUGUCCCCUCUGUCUGAUGAUCCGCCUCGCAAACGGGCCUGCGACAGCAGCUCCUCUCUCAGCCAGGAGGCGAGCGCCGCUGGGAUGCUGCCCUGUGCCGGCUCUGCCGCUUCCACCUCCUCUUCCUCACACAGACACCGGAGAGGUGAAGGAAAGGCAUCAGCGCAUGUGAGAAAUGGCAGUGAUAUGGAUUCCCAUGGCGAGAAGCCCUGUGGAGACGGUUACCAUACCAACGGUCAUUCAGACUCGGAGGUGUGGUCGGAACCCCUGAUGGACCCUGCAGAACCCCGCAGGCCCAAACUCUCCUUCAGUGACACGGUCCACAGUGCUGACUACUACAUGCAGGAGGCCAAGAGACUGAAGCACAAGGCUGAUGCUUUGAUGGACAAAUUUGGGAAAGCAGUGAACUACGCAGACGGCGCUCUGUCUUUCAUAGAGUGUGGAAAUGCUAUGGAGCGAGAUCCACUAGAGGCCAAAUCACCAUAUACAAUGUACUCUGAGACUGUGGAACUAAUCAGGUAUGCCAUGAGGUUGAAGAACUUCACCAGCCAUUUAGCCACCAUCUCUGAGAAGAAACUCGCCGUGUUGUGUAACCGCUGUCUGUCUCUGCUAUAUCUGAGGAUGUUCCAUCUGAAGAAAGACCACGCUGUCAAGUACUCGCGGUCGCUCAUGGAGUACUUCAAGAAUUCAGCCAAGAGUUCCCACCAAGCACCCUCUCCCUGGAGGACCAAUGGAAAGGUCAACGGGACUCCGUCUCCUCUGUCACUUAGCCCUUCUCCAGCCAGCAACGGAGGAGGAGCGGGAGGAGGAUCCGGAGGUGUACCGGGGUCAUCGGGCAGCGUGGCUAUCCCCCAGAGGAUUCACCACAUGGCUGCCAGUCACGUUAACAUCACAAACAACAUCCUGCGGAGCUACGAACACUGGGAGACGGCUGACAGACUGGCCGCUGAGAGCCAAGAUUUCUUCCAGGAGCUGGACUCUGUGAUGGAGCCGUUGAGUCAGCAGAGCAGCAUGACAGAGCUGGUUCGCUACGUCAGGCAGGGACUGCACUGGCUCCGCAUAGAGGCUCACCUGCUGUAAAGACUGGACUAGAGCCAACAUUAAGAAAAAGAAGAAAUGGGCUGGGAGCUAGAACUCGGGUAACAAGUGAGAUGAGACCCAGAACGAUGCUUCAGCUCCCACUGGGAUCCUUUGAAUGUCUCAACACCAUGCAUGGUAAUAUAAUGGCUUGCACCAGGUGGAUUAAUUGGGCUGAAAUCACCUUUAAUUAGGAGUGAACAGUAACUAAGUUUGGGAAUUUCAGCUGUGAACCACAGAAUACAAAUGAUCAUAUUAACAAUUUGGCUGAUGCUGCUUUUUUGGGGGGGAGCAACAGCAUACAAGUGAUUGUAGCUUUAACUCCUGAAGGGACCACACAUGUUCCCAACCUAAUCUCCCUGUUUUACUGAGAUGGGUUCAUUCUCCAACAGACAGGUGUGAGGCUGAAUGUAGGGAAAGAGCUCAACAGAGGCUCAUCUCCUCCAGCAGUGGACCAGAAAUGUGUCAAUGAUUAGGAAAGAAUUAAAGCUUUAGGCUGAUAUUGAUCCAAGUGGAAGAGUACCAGUCCAAUCUAUUAGUUAAGGACCACACUGCUAACGAGGCUCAGCUACAACCACUAAUGGAGGCUAAAUUUAUUGCACUUCCUUUAUUUCACUCCAUCUUCAGUCUUUAAAGAGGGAUCCUCAACAACCAACCAAAAGCUACAACCUGCUAGUUCUGUGUAUAAAGUCUAAAACACAGUUAUGCCUGACUUGUUACUGCAGUUAUUAGUUAGUUAUUAGUAAUCAGUUAAAGCUUCAGUCACACUAGAGAAAAAAACCAGGACAGCUACCUGUUUGUGACAAGGAGGAUCAGCUGUUGAUGGGCGACUGCACUGAACUUGUUCCACUUACAGUGAGUCGGUGCAAUCAGCUGGUUGCCCAGAGAUUGAGCAGCACUCAACCUCUGCUUAACCACUUCCAGUUGUAAGGCAGUUGCACAGGUUGACAGGUUGCCCGUCGAGCAGCAACUUGUCUCCAAACAGAGUCCAACUCUGACUGUAGUCGCUCUCAGACAGAUUAGAUUAUUGCAAUCAGUCUGCACAGAUGAGCACAACUUGACAUAGUUGCGACAGGGAACUCGACUCAAACAGUUGUUGCGUUCUGGUUAUAUUCCUACAUCAAAGCGAGACUGCCGAGCCCCCGCGUCAGGAGCUACGUGACUUUUGGUGGAGGAAUUUCUGAAUUCUGUUUCCAGUCUAUGAUCUUCUGCAGUUCAUGUCAAUUUCUGUGCAUGUAGACAGCAACAUACUUGUGACAGAUGGCAAAAGAUUUGAUAUUUUCACCGAUUUAUCGCCAUUAAUCCCUGUAUUAUCACAAACAGAUUGCACGUAUUUGCCAGUUUGACACCGUUCACAAUCGCAAAGUGACUCCCAGUUUUUUGCCAUCUUAUUGCACCAAAGUAGGAGACUGAGCAGUCGGACACCUGGUCGCCAUCUUCAGGGCUACCGUUUCAGAGUUUCCCUAGUGUGACUGUAGUGUGACGUGAUGACAUUUCAGUUUAGUAAAAAUAUCUAUUAUUCUGGUUUAAUUUGGGAGUAAAGAAGAUAAACUGUUACUCUCAACAAUGGCAAAAUUAACUUGUUGGCAGUUCAGGAAGAACCUUUAUGCCAUAUUUAAUUUCUGAAAAGCACACAGUGCAGUUGGGUUUUGUGGUUCUCCUCAGUAUCACACAGGCAGACUACCCCACUCCCACCCGGCAAAGCCCGAGAUUCACACAGUUUAAACAAACGAGCACUAGCAAAAAGGGAAUCUUUGCUAAUGAGAUUUUUGUAUUUAAAUGAGGAUCUUUUGACCAAAUAAAAUUGUAAACUACAUUACAGGUACGAUAGGGCAAAGCUUCAAAAACUAAAGUCUUGUAGUAUAGGGUCAAGUUUCAGUUUUGUGGGUUACCAGAACAAACACCCAGUUUGCUGGACCUACAAAUAAGGGCUUUCUUCCAUCACAUAAAGCAUCUGUCUGGUUCUUCUCUUGCUGGUUAUGAGCUUUUGUGAAAUUCCACUCAGUUCUAGUUCCCAUAGUAACCCACCAACUAAGGCGUCAAACACUUACUGGGGGGAAAAAACUACAAGAUUCAGUAUGAUUUGGCUCUAAUUAAGCCCCCACCCACAUGCAGAGCAAGUAAACAGGGUGAAACUGUCACGUCGGCUUUUCUGCCCUGAUGUCAGAAACAAAAACUAUAUCUGUGACUUUGUACAGCACGUAAUGAGAUCAAAUCAACUGCCGGGUGUCUUAUAGUCGUUUCCCCACAUUUGUUGUGCUGUGUCAUUAGUGUGUAUACAUGUACAGCUUAUUGUGAAGUCUAUUUAAAAUCAUUACCUGACCGAACAAUAACGAUGUUUGUGUACAAUAAUGUACAGACUGACUCCUGAAAACAGUGUUUCUUGUGUCUUGUGAAUGAUUCAAUGUGAGCGAAUGAGGAAGUGCAGCAGGUAAAUGGGGCAUCUACGUGUGUGUGCCAGCGCGCAGGCUAUAGCUGCAUUUACAAAGCGGCAAAGUGAUUUUGAAGUCAUCGUGGCGCAUUAAAAACAAGAGACCACGCCGUUUCUACGUUUCCACAUUCGCCAUCAAGACUCCAAAUCAGUUUAUUAUGGUCUUUGUAAAUCCAGCACAUUAAGCAUGAAUUUUUAAGUUUUGGAUCAUUUGACCAUCGCUGAAUGUGUAUGGAAGACAAUGCGGAUGUGAAAUGGAAUUUUCACUUUGACAAAAACAAAAAAAGGAAAAAAAAAAAGGAAACUCAAGUGCCUCUAUUUGUGUCCGGUGGGAAUUGCUCUAUUUAUUUAAAACAAAGAAUGAAUCUAAAUGAUUUUCCAUACCAUAUUGGUAUAAAUAUGAGAUUGUUUUUCGUAAAAUCAAAUGUUUCCAUAAGCUUUUUACUGGCGUUUAUGAAGACACCAGGGUUUGGCUUUAAAAAAAAGAAAAAAGAAACAAACAAACGUGCGAUAAUGUGCCAAAUUAGCAUCUGUUGCUGUGUUUUCUCUUUUUGACGGUUUGAGCAAGUAUAGGUUUGUCUGAAAUGCCUGAAAAUUUUAAGUCAUCGCAUGCAAUAAAUGAUAGCUUCAGACCAAGAACUACUUGUGUCCAUUUUGACAAACAAAAAAAAAAGUAUAUUUCUUGUUACAUAAGUCACAUGCAGUGUUGAAAAGGUCGACGUCUCAUGAAAAUACACAGCCAUUUAAACAGUCUGAAACCUCAAGAACAUUAAACCUUAAAGAAAUAGGUGGACAUUUUGGGAAUAUUUUUCUUACUUCUGAGAAUAAAAACUCAUAUUUGUAUAUGACAUAUAGAACCUAAAACUAGCAGCUAGUUCAUGUAGAUUAGUAAAAAAUUUAAAAUGGAGAAAGGAAAAAUCUAGCUCAGUGAAUGUACAUACAAGAUUGACGUAACCACCCAACAGUCUUCAAAAACUACAGUUUUGAAGCUUUAUAUCUUUCUUUGUUUUUGAAUCAGAUGUGACUGUUUUAAAAAAGAAGAGGCUAAGCUAGCUUGUGUAGUUACGAGCUAGCCUUUUUAGCGAGCUAUAUUGACAAUUCACUGAUAUAACUGGGAAGCUAAUACUAGCUAUUGCUACUAGCUUAAAACAAAGUAGGUGAAAACCAUAUCAAACAAGUGGUUAUGCCCCCUAUACAUAACUUGCUUUAAUACAACAAAUAAAAAUCAAAUGGUUUACAUUUGAAUGAAAGGUAUCUCUAUUUUUGUUGUACGCUAAAUUUAUGCUUUUUAAAUGAUAUAAAAGAUGGACAUAGCUAACAUGAUAUCCCAUUUUACAUCCUAAACAUUAGCGUUUUCACGAUUUUAGUUUCAAAAUACUAGAUGUCACAAGGACGGGUGGGUUUAAACAUGAAACCACUUGCUCACUGGUGAACUACUUGUUAAUCAUAAAUUAGUUAGCUAAGUAAGUUAGCAAACGAGCAUAACCAAAUUAUCCUACACAUCCAAACUUAGUAUAACCAAGACUUACAUAAUACAACAUACGGUAACAGCAACCACAGCUAGUGCUGCCUGGUGGCCUUCAGAGAGAAUGCAGGUCUAAUGCUUAAUUUUUUGACCUAGAAGCUACGUUCAUGUUUUAUAUGUGUAUGUUGAUGCUAGCUACAUCUAGCGUUUUACUGUUUAAACAUUGGAAAUAAGACUAUUUCCCAAAAUGUCAAACUGUUCCUUUAAAAUGGACUCAUGGUUCUUCAUCUGAACGACUAAAAUGCUUACUAAUCACCAUUUAGACAGCUGUCCAAGCUCCACUUCCUGUUGCUUAACAAUAACGCUUUUUACAGUUGUUUUCUGUAUUUAUUUGAGGUCUUGAAGCCAAAUUAGGAUUGUCCCAGCGAGCCACUGAACUUCUACAACAACCUGUAAACACUACCCACAAACCGUUUCUCUCUGACCUCAGUCGUUUCAAGUCGAUAGUUGGUCCGCAGUGUCGCUCAGUCCAAUUCAAUGAUGUUUGAUGUUGUUUUGUUUUAUGGUGAAACUGUGAUGUUACUAUAUGGUUAUUGUUAAGUUCACUUAAUGGUCCCUUAUUCUUCUUGUAUGCAGCGGUACAAUAUACAAUAAUAUGCUGUAAAAAGUCAGAAACAUUGCAUUUGUGACAUGGGAAAUAUCAGUUUCAUUCCACUAUGCUACAUGUCACAUGACAGCUAUGGUAAAUGUUGAAUUCAUGCAACAGUUUAUUUAUAUGCAAUGUCAAUAUGUGGGUAUAUUCUGAAACAUUUUGAAGACAGACUUUUCUCAGCAUGGCCUUUUAUUCUGCUGGCAUCUUAUUAAAUAUCCCAUUAGCUCCUGUUGCAUUAUCACAGUUGUCAACUUGUUUAUCAAAGGCAGAAACAUCAUCACUGCUGUUGUGAUUACAAUAGAGCUAAACACACUGAUUUAUUUUUUGACAGCAGAUGGUAGCAAACCGAUAAUACACUGAUAAUCUCUCCAGUAGUGACGAGUGUCUCUAAUAUUUGUUUGCAUUUCACAAAAUCACAGAUUCGCUUUGAUUGCCAAAACUGUCUCAUACAGUAAAUGAACUAGCAGGAUUUAAAAGGAUAAUAAAGGGUUUCAUUUUUUCUUCCCAAAUUCCUGUAAUCUACCAGAGAGAUGUUUUCUUUUCUUUUGUGUUCAUCCUCAUUCGUUCUACUGUCAGAGUCAUGCAGCAGUGUUACAAAUAAGAAUUAUCCAAUAAAUAAGAAUUUGUUGAGGUUAGUGGAAGGAGACGCUAAUAUGCUCUUCACAAAAACAAGAAAUAUGAUCGAUAAUCAAGAGAUAAACAACAAGCAUCUCUCUGACUGUUCUUUAGUAAAAAAAAAAAGUUGGCAUUUCUGGAAAUGUUCUGAUUUGCCUUACAAAGUGAUGAAUACAUCAGCACCACUCUCACGUCAGUGUAAGUUAGCCUAGCUUGGCAUUAAGCUAGAAAGCAGUGGAAAACUGCAUCCCUGUCUCUAUUCAAAGUUUAAAAACAGCUUAAACAGCUUAAAAACAGCACAAACUUAAAACUAAUACGUACAGC